UAGAUUGAGAAUUCCGGAAAAUGGCGAAGGUGAAAGCCUUUUGUGUUCUAGUAGUCCUUUGUGGCUUUUACAUCAGCCAGAGUGAGUCUGUUUGCGGCUAUGAGUCCUGUCCGGCAACCAAGCCUGGCAUGAUCAACAUCCACAUGGUGCCCCACUCACACGAUGACUUGGGAUGGCUGAAGACUGUCGACCAGUACUACUACGGCAGUAGGCAGGGCAUCCAGCACUCCGGAGCCAAGUACAUCUUCGAAAGUGUGGUCACUGAGCUCAGCAAGGACUCGCGCCGCCGAUUCAUUCAGGUGGAGACCGGAUUCUUUGCCAAAUGGUGGCAGGAUCAGUCGGAGCUCACUAAGGAAAUAGUCAAGAAGCUAGUCAACGAGGGUCGCAUGGAGUUUACCGGCGGCGGCUGGAGCAUGAACGAUGAGGCUGCCGUAAACUACCAGAGUGUGAUUGAUCAGUUCACCCUGGGUUUGAAGUUCCUGAAUGACAACUUUGGUGCCUGCGGUCGCCCUCGCAUCGGCUGGCAGAUCGAUGCUUUUGGCCACUCCCGUGAACAGGCCUCGAUAUUCGCCCAAAUGGGCUUCGACGGCCAGUUCUUUGCCCGCAUGGACAUGACUGACAAGAACAAGCGAGUGGACAACCUGGGUCUGGAGAUGAUCUGGGAUGCCAGCGAGACCCUCAAGGAAAUGGAUUUCUUCACUGGAAUGCUUUACCAACACUAUUCCGCCCCAUCGGGCUUCUGCUUCGACUCCCGCUGUGGGGAUGAGCCCAUUAUCGAUGGAGACAGCUACGACAACAAUGUAAAGUCCCGAGUGGACGAGUUCAUCAACUACGCUGCCAAUCUCGCCCAGAAGUACCGCUCCACGCACAUUAUGGUGCCCAUGGGCGAUGACUUCCAUUACGAGAAUGCCUACGUGAACUACGAGAACAUGGACAAGCUGAUCAAGUAUGUCAACGAACGCCAGGGAAGUGGAUCCAAGUACAACCUCAUCUACUCCACUGCGGGCUGUUACCUCAACUCACUGCAUCAGAGUCUCCAGAGCUUCCCAAACAAGACACAGGACUUCCUGCCUCACUCCCACGAGGCGAAGAGUUUCUGGACCGGAUUCUUCACUUCCAGGCCAACCGCCAAGCGUUUUGAACGCGAUGGCAACCACAUCCUCCAAGUAGCCAAGCAACUGAGUGUGCUGGCCAACCUUUCCAGUGAGAAGCAGGCCAAGGAUCUGGACUAUCUGCGCCAGAUCAUGGGAAUAAUGCAGCACCACGAUGCUAUCACUGGCACCGAAAAGCAGGAAGUGUCCAAUGACUACGAUCGUCUGAUGUACGAUGCCAUUCUCGGUGGUGCCAAUACCGCUCGCGAUGCUCUGCGCGUUCUGACCGACCAACCCAACGGAGAGUUCGAGAGCUGCCUGCGACUGAACAUCAGCGAGUGCGCCUUCACCAAAGACAAUGCCAACAACUUUGUGGUGACCCUCUACAAUCCUCUGGCUCACUCUUCCACCCAAUACGUGCGAGUGCCUGUCAAGAAUGAGAACUAUGAGGUGACCGAUGCCAAGGGUCGCGUGGUGCCUUCCGAGAUUGUUCCAGUGCCUUGGCAAGUCCUGGCCCUGGAGUUCCGCAACAACGACACCCAGCACGAGCUGGUCUUCAAGGCAACUGCCAACAAGAUCGCCAGCUACAACAUCAAGAAGGUCGACAAGGAAGAGAGCUCUGACAUAGUAGCCCAACAGGACACCAGGAACCAAAUUUCCACCCACGAUGAUGGGGAAACUGUGGUGCAGACUUCGAAAAUAAAACUGGUGAUUGACAACCAAACAGGCCGUUUGAAGACGGUGGAAAUGAACGGAGUGUCGGAGAGAGUUGAGCAGUCCUUUGGAAUGUACAAGACUGCCCGGUCAUGCCAUUACAUUUUCCGCCAAGAUGAGGACUUGCAAAUCGUUGACGAUGCCUACGAGUUCUCGGUGUACGAGGGCGACUUGGUCAAGGAAGUCCGCCAGCAGGUCAACGAAUGGAUCUCCCAAGUAAUCCGCAUCUAUGAGGGUGGCGAACAUGUCGAGUUUGAAUGGCUUGUGGGUCCGAUCCCCGUGGACGACGAUCUGGGCAAGGAGAUAGUGACUAUUUUCCAGAGCGACAUAUCCAACAACGGAGUCUUCUAUACCGACUCCAAUGGCCGCGAGAUGCUGCGCCGAGAGAAGGAUAAGCGCGAGGACUUCAGCCCCGACUUGAGUGAGCAGCCCGUGAGCGGCAACUAUUACCCGGUCACCUCUCGCAUCGCCCUGCAAGACAGCAACAAGCGUCUGACCCUCCUCAAUGAUCGGUCCCAGGGAGGCACUAGCCUGCAGAACGGGCGCUUGGAGAUGAUGCUGCACCGUCGCCACCUGUUCCGGGAUGGCUCCGGUGCCGACGAGGCCAUUAACGAGCAGCAGUUCGGAAAGGGUCUGAUCGCCCGUGGAAAACUGUACCUGUCCCUCAGUGCCGUGGAGGAUGAGCCCACUGCCCUCGAGCGCAUCGCGGAGAAGAAGAUUCACCUGCCCUUCUGGAAGUUCUUCAGCAAGGAGAGUGUGAAGGAGGUGAAGCUGUCGCUGCCGGACUUCAACGAUUUCCCCGAGUCGGUGCAUCUGCUCACUCUGGAGCCCUACUCCACCGAUGAGAUCCUCUUCCGGGUUGAGAACUUUUUGGACCAGACCGAGGGCGGCGUGAUUAGCUUCAACAUCCGGCCCAUUUUCGAUAGCCUGGGUGGUCUGUCGAUUCGCGAGACCACCUUGGACGGCAACAUGGCCCUCAGUGACAUGAAGCGUCUGAAGUUCCACCACGAUGGUGCCGGGGCUAGCCACUCCACCCCCGAGUACUUCACCAGCCUGCACAAGCCCCUGGAAGCGGAGAAGUCGCAGGAGGACUCCGAGUUCAGUGUCACCUUGAAGCCCAUGCAGAUCCGAACAUUCAUCAUCAAGAAGGAGCUCGCCUAAGAAGGACGUCAUGCUAUUAUUAGAUGUAUUACAAAGUAUUCCACACGUAGCGGCGCCAGGGUCAACCUGCUCAAAUAAACGAUCUGCAAUGAUAA